AUGAGACAAGAGGAGGGUGAAACUAUAGAUCAGUUCAUUUCAAGACUGCAACGUCAAGCACAAAAUUGUGAGUUCACAGAUACUGAUGAACAAAUCAGAGAUCAAGUUAUAGAUAAAUGCAAGUCGUCAUUGUUGCGCCAUAAGCUCCUAGAAAAGGGAAAAUCCCUAACCCUAAAAGUGGUGCAAGAUACAGCACGGGCCUUAGAAGUAGUUGAUGUUCAAUUAAAGACUAUGGAAGGUGAAUUUAAACGAGAAGUCAACCAAGUCCAUGAAGGUCAAAGGUCACAAAAGAAGCCAGGAAGAGUGAAAAAGAAAUGUUAUUGUUGUGGUAAAGAGGGACAGUUCGCCAGGGAUAGGGAAUGCCCAGCAAGAUCUGCGAACUGUAACAAAUGUCAUCUAACAGGACAUUUUGCAGUAGUAUGCAAGACUAAGAAACAUACCAAAG